GGGGGGGCCCCGCCGAAUCUCUAUCCAGUGAAGCUCUACGUGUACGACCUGUCCAAGGGCCUGGCUCGGCGGCUCAGCCCCAUCAUGCUGGGCAAACAACUGGAAGGCAUCUGGCACACCUCCAUAGUUGUGCACAAGGAUGAGUUCUUCUUCGGCAGUGGUGGUAUCUCCAGCUGUCCCCCGGGAGGGACAUUGCUUGGGCCCCCUGACUCUGUGGUUGAUGUGGGGAGCACAGAAGUCACAGAAGAAAUCUUUCUGGAGUACCUGUCCUCCCUGGGGGAAUCUCUGUUCCGAGGUGAGGCCUACAACCUCUUUGAACACAACUGUAACACCUUCAGCAACGAAGUGGCACAGUUCCUGACUGGGCGGAAGAUCCCUUCUUACAUCACUGACCUGCCCUCUGAAGUCCUUUCCACGCCCUUCGGACAGGCACUUCGGCCCCUCCUGGACUCCAUCCAGAUCCAGCCUCCUGGAGGGAACUCCGUGGGCAGACCCAAUGGCCAGAGCUAACAGGACUGCACGGGACCGCCCUGCCCCCCAGGGCUUUUCCUUUUUAAACAAAACAAACCCUAUCAGAAUUCUAUUUUAUAAUUUUACAUCAGAGCUAACAACCAGGGGACGGCUUUUUAAAUUUCCCAGGGAAGGAGAUCAUCAGGCUGCAUGUAGGACAAUGCCGCUAAGAAACAGAACAAAGUGCCAUCCCUUCUAAGAGUAUUAUACUAAUUUAUUAAGGCUA